CACGUGGCACACACUCUGUCAUGUGAUAAAAUUCUUAUCUGCCCGCAACAGUCAAUGGAUAAGAUCGACCGCAGCAUAUAAAAUAGAGCUACGUUAACACAACAACACAACCACUUCACCAACAAACAUGAAGGUUGCGUGCGUCGUUCUUUUACUGGCCCUUACUUCCUCCUCCCUCGGAGCGCCUCGGGACAACUUGCUGAGGAGAUGGGAGGAGUGGAAAGUAAAGUACGGGAGGAGGUACAGCGGUCAGGGGGGCCACAACAACAUGGUCGACGCCGGCUUCUCCCUUGAGAUGAACAACCUCGCCGACGGGAGGCUUUCCGGACGUCAGCUCUUCAAACAUUCACCUGUAGUGGACGUUUCCCUUGGCAACGAGUUACCAUCAGCUCCUCCCAAGACGUUCGACUGGAGAAGCAAAGGAGUUAUCUCCCCUGUUAGCAACCAAGGAGAAUUGGGCAGUCCUGUCGCCAUUGUUGCUGAAGAAUGUGUCGCCAGCCUCCAGGCCAUCAAGACUGGCGAGUUGCCUCAGCUGAGCUCACAGGAGAUUCAGGACUGUUGCCCGAUGCCAGUGGGCGAGGUCUUUGACUGCAUCCACAACUUCGGCGGCGUUUGCAGCAGGUCCACCUACCCCGUUAUCACAGGACAUUGCAGAAACAGCUCAUGUCAAGCGGAAGUGCAGAUCCAGGGAGGGAAAUCCGUGCCAGCAAGCCAAGUGGACAAAAUGGUGGACGACUUGCUCCAGCGCCCCCUGUUGGCACUCAUCGAUGCCAGCAAACCUUCGUUCGAGGAGUACAGUAGUGGCAUCUACAGUGACGCCGACUGCAGCAAGACUGUAGUUGACCACGCCUUGCAAGUGGUGGGGUACGGGGAGGAGGAUGGACAGGAGUUUUGGAUUUGCAAGAACAGCUGGGGGGAGUCCUGGGGAGAGAAUGGCUACAUCCGCAUCAAGAAGGGAUCCGACACAUGCGGAGUUGAAUCCCAUGCUAGCUACCCCUACUAGCACCAGAUGAUUUAAACUCAGUAUCAUGAGGCAGAAAUAUUCACAUUGAUGUACUCUAACCUUGCAGUUGUUAAGCAUUGAUUAAUCACUGGGUCUAUUUCUCCUCCAUACGAUGAUCAUUUCUGUUCCCAUACGGAAUACACUACACGUUCAUAAUCAAAAUGUAUAUUUUUUAAAAUAAAAGUCAAUUAUGAAAACUC